GAAGAAUCUGCUAGAUGUGAACUAAAUGUCAUAUUUGCCGCAUUUGCGUUGUGACCUUCGCAGUUGUUAUAAUUCUUGUAAAUGCUGUUGUACGCUGUUCACAUAUGGAGGAGGUCCGUACAGUGACGCUUAAAUCGAAUUCUUCUUUCAGUGCUGCACAGCGCCGUGGUGAUCACAUCGAAACUCACAAACGAUGGGCUGCUGGUCAAAAUAAACAGAAAACUAUAGUCAAAAACCCGAGCAAACUUGAAGAGGAUACGGAGGAUCUUCACAAUGAUUUGGUGGAUAUAGACAUUGGCAAGAUCAUAAUGCAGGCGCGGCAAGAGAAGAACCUGACGCAGAAAGAUCUAGCCACCAAAAUUAACGAGAAACAACAAGUGAUUGCUGAUUAUGAACAAGGCCGUGCAGUGAAAAAUCAAGCCAUCCUGUCGAAAUUGGAGAGAGCCUUGGGAGUUAAGCUAAGAGGAAAAGAUAGAGGCAAACCACUGGGAGGUACGAAGAAAACUUAACUCGGAUUAUAUUUGUUUCGCCACUCGUGAAUAGUAUCAUCUGUCUUUAUAUCUUUCAAAGUAAUGUAUAUUAACCCAUCUUUCAGGGAAAUACCCAUAGCUUCAUUUCUGAUAACUUAAAACACCUGUCAGUUAUUGUUCAUCUAAAUACAAAAUAUGGUCUGUUU